AUGAAUGAUGGAUUAGAAAUGAGACUUCGUAACCUCAACGUUAGCAUGUUCGAAAACCUCGGCAGAUUCUGCGAACAGAGUGAGAUGAGGUCGAGAAAACGAAAAAGAACCACGUAUCUCGCAAAGUUGGAAGAAGCACGACGUCGAGGCAGCUGCUUGGUGUUCAUGGAUGAAACCUGGGUGUUUGAUUCCAUGACAAAGGACAAAGGAUGGAAUGAUAACACGAUCCCUCGCUUUGCCUCCGCCGAAGUGAUGCGAACGUACUCUUGUGGCAAAACGGUAGCAAAGGAUAAAGGGCGGAGGGCCAUCGUGAUAGGAGCGAUUACGGAUGAGGGCGCUGUGCCAGAGAGUACUAUGGUACCAACGAGAUCAUCGACGAAAUCCGAGAUUGAGACCUACCUCAGGGAUAAAGGAGUAGUGGUGCCCGAGAAUAGCAUGAAAGCAUACUUGGUGGAGGAGGUGAGAGCUAGUACCCAGUACAUGAGUGCUUUGCCGUCGUCACUUUGUCAAGAAUGGUUUCAUCAUGUCGCUAAAGAAGAGGACGCAACGAGACUCAAAAUAGCCAUAGACUUAGCUAACAGCCACAGCAUCAUUGAAACUAUAGAUUCUGAACUGUCGUCGUCCAGUGAUGGAGACCUCGAAUUGGAAGCCGAUGAGAAUGACCCUAAUCUUACCGAGUAG